AUGCGCCUUCUACAACGUUCGUCCGACUCUGUCGGCUUCAGCCUUGUUGAACGGUUCAAGGAAGAAGUCCCGCCCUACGCAAUCCUAUCGCACACCUGGGGUUCGAACGAAGAUGAAGUCACAUUUUCAGAUAUGAGAGACGAGCGAGCCAAACGCAUCCCUGGUGCCGAGUUAACGGAAGCCAUCAACUCCAUGUACAAGUGGUACCAGCAGGCUGAGAAGUGCUAUGUUCUUCUUUCUGACGUGGAAAUCGAUGUGCCUGUCGCAGACAUAUCCGAGGAACAAUGGGUGCAAAUAUUCCACAGCAGUAGAUGGUUCCAGCGCGGUUGGACACUGCAAGAGAUGCUUGCGCCGAGAGUUGUCGAAUUCUUCUCGAGAACGGGCAAAUCACUGGGCGACAAAGUCACACUGCUACAGGCUCUCCAUCUUCGAACCCGGAUACCUGUUCUGGCACUCCAGAGCGGUUCACUAGAAGAGUUUAGCAUCGACGAGCGCAUAUCAUGGAUUGAGGGACGUCAGACGAAAAGAGAAGAGGAUUCAGCAUAUUCUCUAUUGGGUUUGUGUGACGUCUACAUGCCGCUAAUAUACGGCGAGGGGUUUGGGAGGGCCUUGACCCGGUUGCGCAACGAAGCCGAGCGCUCGCUGCACGAUAAAGUGCCAAUCGAUCUACCUGGGGCACGUCGAUGGACGGUUCCUUUUCGGCGCGAAACCGAAUUCCAUCAUGGCGAUUGCUUGGAGAAGGUGUAUCAGAUAUGCUCUCAGAACGGUGGCUGGGCGUCCCUGAUUGGACCCGCGGGCGUUGGGGGUGUCAACAGUGAUAUUGCGAAUGUCGACGUCCGAGACUACGCUUCGUUCGACAUAGAAGACCACGUAAUACCAAUUCUUCAAGAAACUCCAAAUGCUUCCGAAUCAUCACAGCUCUUGGAAGGCAACGUGGCUGCAUUGCAACCAGACAAAAGUAGAGCCGAACCCACAGCGCCUAGAAAGGAAGUCCCCGUGUAUUGGACAUCCCGUGGUAAGCGCAUGUUCGACAAGUACGUUGACAUAGACCAUGGCGCUGUAAAGGAGCUCGAACGAGAGCUGCAAGCACGAUACAAGACUCCCACGAAGAAGACGCCUCGGAUCUUCGCACAGAUACUGCGCACAUCAAGUCGGCAGGGUGGAGAUGGGAAAAUGACAGACUUGGAGGCCGAACGGGGAGAGUGCGAGUUGCAGACUCGUUCCGGUGUACCCCGCCCAGUUCAUACUACGGCCUCGUUUGAACGUGGAUUCGAAGGUCGAGAAGGGGAGCCCCUUCGCUUGCUGGUCUGUGUGAACGCUCAAGGGAAGUUGAAAUUGACGCAGGAGGAUCUGCAACACAUCAACGACGAUCGUCAACUAUUCCAGCACCUUCGAAAGCGACUUUUGGCCAACCAACAUCGGGUGACCCUCACAGAUAUCAGAAGUUUCACUUUGGCCAAGGUAGGCUUCCAGGAGAGAUAUCGUCUUACUUGGGACUGA